AUUGCACGACGCGCGAGACUUUGAAUGAACUGCAUCGCGAAAACCUGGAGGCUAGGUGAUGCCUACGUGAUGCCAGGUCUACGUCACAUUGGUCUGCGGUUGAACAUCUCAGGCGGAACUUUAAAUCCCCUGCCUUUUCUUUUAUUGUAAUGUCACAAUAAAACAACCCCAUGGCCAUGGCACAGAAGAAGAUGGCAUCUGCCAAACCUGGAGAGAAGACCUCCUCAGCAGGGGUGUCCAUGUUGUGGGAGACAGCAUAUGUGCUUGCAGACAGACAGGACAUUGAUAACUACAUCGCUGCUAACAUCAUAGAACUGCUGGAUGAAGGCUGCACUGUACCGUUCAUCGCUCGAUAUCGUAAGGAGAAAACAGGCAACAUGGAAGCAGAGAAACUCAGGGAGGUGCAAGCUGUGUACGAGGAGCUCAAAGGAGUGCAGCAGAAGGCGUGUACCGUGGUGAAGCAGGUGGAGAAGCAGGGGAAGAUGACAGACGGGUUACUGUCCGCCAUCAGGAGAUCCACCACCACGGAGGAGCUGGAGCACCUGUAUGCACCGUACAAGGUUGGCAGCAAGGCUACUCUAGCUGAGCGAGCCCGACAGCUGGGGCUAGAACCAGCAGCUAUGGCAGUGUUGUCACAACCUCACUCCUACAGGCCUCAACAGCUGGUCAGGGCAGGGCAGGAAGGUCUCCAGUCUCUGGAAGAAGUUGAAAGAGGUGUUCAGCACAUCAUAGCAGACAUAGUUUCCAAGGACAAGGAAACGAUGGACACUAUCAGGGCCAUGUGCAAGGCAGGGCAUGUCAGACUGGAAUCCACCAAGUCUAAAAGUACUGCCAAGAAGGAGAAAGAACAAGAGAAUACUACCCACAAGUUUGAGCAGUACUACACCUUCUCCUGCCCCAUCAAGUUCAUCAAACCUCACCAGGUGCUGGCCAUCAACAGAGGUGAGAGUCAGAAGAUCCUAUCAGUAAAGAUAAACAUUCCUGAUGACGUCAAAACAAGAUUCCUGGCCUUCUGUGAUCGGCGCUGGGUACCGCGGAACGCUCCACAGCACGUGGUGGGGGUGAUCAGGAAGGCUGUAGAGGAUGCAUACAGCAGACUGAUCCAGCCUCUUAUGGUCAGACAUUACAGAGCUGACCUGACUAAAACAGCAGAGAAGCAGUCUGCAGCAGUCUUCUCUCACAACCUGCAGCGCCUCCUGCUGCAGCCCCCUGUCAGGGGACGGGUCGUACUGGGGGUGGACCCUGGGUACAGGCACGGCUGUAAGCUGGCCCUCACCUCACCUACAGGACAGAUCCUGCACACAGAUGUUGUUUAUCUCCAUGACAACAGGGCUCUCCGAGAAGCUGACAGGGUGAAGAGAAUUUUGCUGACUCACAGAUGUCAGACAGUUGCCAUUGGCAAUGGAACAGCCUGCAGAGAGACGGAGGCCUUCUUCUCCCAGCACAUCCAGCAGGGGACAUUCCGGCCCCUGGACGUCGUCUACUGUAUUGUAAAUGAGAGUGGAGCGUCCAUCUACAGUGUCUCUGAUGAGGCUAAGAAAGAGAUGCCAGACCUGGACCCUAACCUUAGGAGUGCAGUUUCCAUUGCCCGAAGACUUCAGGACCCUUUGGUCGAGCUGGUGAAGAUUGAACCAAAAAACAUUGGAGUUGGCAUGUAUCAGCAUGACAUAUCUGAGUCCAUGUUGAAGGCAGCCCUGGACGGUGUUGUGGAGGAAUGUGUCAGCUUUGUGGGGGUGGAUAUAAACGUCUGCUCAGAAACAUUACUCAGACGUCUUGCAGGGCUGAAUGCCAGUAAGGCCAAGAAAGUGGUGGAGUGGCGAGAAGCCAACGGAGCCUUCAUCAACAGGGAGCAGCUCAGAAGUGUGAAGGGGCUCGGCCCCAAGACUUUUGAGCAGUGUGCAGGUUUCAUCCGGAUCAAUCCUAUUAGCAUUAACAGGCCAGCAAAGUCCUCCACAGAGGAGGAGCAGUCUGCCAAUACUGCACAAGGCAAGAAGAGGAAAGCUGCAGCAGAGCCCAAGAGGAAAACAAAGAAGGCAAAAACAGAAGCAAACAUGACCCUUAAUCCCCUGGACAUGACCUGUAUCCACCCUGAGUCCUACUCCAUAGCCCUGCAGUUUCUAAACAGGAUUGGUGGCAGCCUGGAUGAACUGGGACAACAGAACAUGAGGACUAAAGUCCAGGCAGCUCUGAUGAAAAAUAAUGUAGAGGGACUGGCUGCUGAGCUGAAAUGUGGAACACCGACCAUGCAGCUCAUCAUUGAUGGGUUACAACAGCCUCUGGACUAUGAUAUACGAGCAGAGUUUGAAAAGCCAUUGUUCAAGAAAGGUCUGGUGUCCAUGAGCGACCUGAAGACUGGAACCACACUAACGGGACGGGUCACCAACCUGACAGACUUUGGUGCUUUUGUGGACAUUGGAGUCGGGAAGGAUGGGCUGAUUCACAAGAGCAAGAUACGCCCAGACAGACUGAAGGGGAAGAAAUGCCUGGGGCCUGGAGACAAGGUGGAAGUGAAAGUGUUGAACGUGGACCCAUCUCGAGGCAGGAUUGGCCUGGAGCUGCUUGCCCUCAUCGGAUAGAUAAAACUGUGAAUUCCGCUGCAUGUUACAGCACUUUUUCAGACAUUACAAGUGGUAACACUGCAGAAAACCAACAUUCCUGGUUAUAAUUUCCUGUUCUAUACAGACUGCAACAGAGACACUGCACCAGCAAGUGUCACAUAUUGCUAUGUUUAACUAGAAUAAAUAUCCCUUCAGAUUUGUUCUCAUAGUGA